AUGAAUGGUUUAAAGAGAGUCAUAAGCCGAGGCAGUAAAAAAAAUCCAGAUACUCAUUCAGUGUCACCUUUUCGUUUAUCUUUUACUUCUGAUGGCAUUGAUUGGAUCAGCGUGUUUGCAAAAGACUGGAAUAAAACCAAAGUGAUAUCAGAUAGUGAGGGUCUGCUGGCAGCAUGGGAACGUCUCCAGGCAUCUGGAGAAACGAUCGACAAAACCUCCAUCACUUGUCUGGCAAAGACUUAUGGAAAAACCAGUGGUAAAUGGCUCUUCUUCGUGAAGACAGGAGAUAAAGUAGGCUCAGUCUGGGCUAAAGUAGCCAAAGCUGUUGUGAGUGGAGACCUUUGUUACUGUGCCAAAAUUAGCCCAUUUGAUCCAUCAGGGUCUGGAUCACAUGUGUGUUGUAUGUAUAAUGACGAUUUCACCAAUGAAGACGAGGUGAUGGCGUUGGAACAGAGAAUCCGUGACAGUGGUAUCUAUACCACUCUGCUCUACAAACCAGAUGUGUACACAUGUCUUGGUAUAUACAAGCAGAAGAAUGAAUGGAAUGUUCGACCAACCAUCUAUGAGAGUAACUUUGAAGUUGUCUCGCGCCAAUCAAAAGUCAUCACUAAUUAG